UGACAGGUCUGAGGAAGAGUUUUCGUUUACAAUGAAGACUUCGGAUGACAUCUUGACCCUCCUCGGAGGAUAUGGCUGCUUCCAGAUGCUGGUUUUUGUGGCGACGGGUCUCGUAUACAUGACCGGGGCUUGGGUCACGUUUGCACCCAUCUUCCUAGGGUACGAACCAGGACACCACUGUCGGGUACCCAAAGACAGGACGCCUAACGAGACCAUUCCAUCAAGAUACGAGAACGGGAAGGUGGUUUUGGAGAAGUGUAUAAAGUUCAUUGUCAGCGGUGAAUUUACCAGGUCCACAAACCUUACGAACGUCAACGUUAUACAACCUUGCGAUGAUGGUUGGACGUAUUUGUGGGACGAUGCUGGAAGAACGUCAUUUGUAACUGAGUGGGACCUAGUGUGCAGGAAGAACUAUCUGGCGGAAUUGUCCACUACCGUGUACAUGGCGGGCGCAGCGGUGGGAUCCGUUCUCUUGGCGCCAUUUUCAGACAGGUUCGGCCGGAAGUGGAUGAUGCUGGGAUGCUUCUGGGCUCAGAACGCGCUGGGAUUCAGUUUGGCCUGGUCGGACAGUAUCUUCACGUUCACCGCACUAAGGUUUUUCGUCGGAGCACUAUAUGUUACGACGUCCAUUACGUCCUUUGUGAUGAUGAUCGAGGUGUUUCCGUCCAGUCACCGCAUGAUGCCGUCAGUGCUGAUGCAGGGUUUCUGGUCGGCAGGGGUGAUGACCUUCGCCCUGUUCGGGUAUUUCGUCCAAGACUGGAGGAAACUCGAAAUGGUUAUUGCAUUGCCAAGCAUCGUCACAGUCGUUUAUGCUUGGCUCCUGCCUGAAUCCAUUUUGUGGUUGAUCUCAAAAGGGCGAGUUGAAGAAGCUGAGAGAGUUCUGAGAACAGCCGCCAAGACCAACAGGAAAGAGUUACCGUCAACUAUAAGGACGAUCCUCGAGAACAUCUCCAAGGGUGACAAGGACCAGACUAAUGAUGCAGCUAUUUCUGGUAUCAACGACCAGACCAGUCCUGCGACUACUUCCGGUAUCAGCAACCAGACCGAUCCUGUAGCUAUAACCGGUAUCAGCAACCCCGCAGUGUCUACUACUGACCCGGACUUUCUUUCGCCGGGCGAUAUCUCCACCUCUUUUGAAAACCAAGACAAGAAGACAAUGGCGGACGGUGGCCCGGAAACGACCGACGCACCAGAAUCAGUGGUCAGCCAAAACGGACGGCAACGAGAACGCGACGAUGACGUCACUGGUGUCAGCGUUAAGGAAUCACACACGUCUGUGAAAGUAGUUGAUCCCAGGAACCAGCAAAAUGAAAUGACUUUCAUCAGCAUGUUGCUUGAGCCAAACAUAAGAACAUACUGCAUUAUCAUCUUCUACUUGUUUUUUGUGAUCAACCUCAGUUAUUUUGGAACAUUAUUCUCGACCCCGACCUUACACGGAAACCGGUUUCUGAACGUGUUCAUCAGCGGAGCGAUACAAAUGCCCGCGCUCCUGAUAUGCACGUUUCUCAAUCGAAUAACCGGUCGUCGAAUACCGAUUUGCAUCUUUCUGCUGGUUUGCUCCGCUAUGAAUACCGUUGUUGUGUUUCUCCCCGCCCACACGGCUGACGGGACUGAUUUGAAAUGGUUCAAAAUCACGCUGGUCAUGAUUGGGUUAUUUGGAGUCAUCGGAAGUUACUCCAUUAUCCUCUUGUAUGCAUCUGAGAUAUUUCCCACGACAGUAAGAAACCAAGCUCUGGGAAUUGCGUUUUUCUUUGAAAAUAUUGGCGGGAUUUGUGCACCCGUUGUUGUUUACACUGCAAAGAAGAACGCAAAUAUUCCACUUGUGAUAUUUGCUGUGGGCACUGUGAUUGGUGGAAUUUUGGUUUUGCUUUUACCAGAAACAAAGAAUCGACCUCUGCCUCAGACGAUUAGUGACGUCGUCAGCUGGAAAAAAGAUGUACAAGAGAAACACAGCUAGAAACGACGUGAAAAUCAUGUGUGAGCACCCAUACACACAAAAACAAAAAGAAAAAAAGAAGAAAAGAAAACGAAACCGACACAUCACCACAGAACCCCUUCCCGACAAAAACAAAAUACCAAAACAACAUCAAACAACAAAAACAGACCCCCCCCCCCCCCCUCCAAUCAAUAUAGCAAUAACAUAAACCGGAAUGGUCACCAUGGAUGGAUCACAAUUAUUAUACUAUAAUGUGUCGUUAUAUUAGUAUGUGGAAUUAAAGUAGACGACUCUAACUCCCAAAGGACAUGUCUGUUCUGUUUUGUGCAGCUAAGUCUUUGACCUGUUAUAAAUUCCAGAACUACCAGAUAUAGACUGGAUUGGUGAAUUGUUUUACAAGUACUGAUGUAGCAAGAAAUGACAAGUUAAAGUUACCGCAUAUACUUACCAGUGGCAUGGAUGGUUACUUGCACACUUUUAAUGUUUUGAUUUACAGCCGAUAGUCCCAGUGCGAAAGCGUGCAAUUAACCAUUCAUUCCACGAGUAACUUAAAUAGGUAACCGACUUGUACAAAGUGCCUAUAUGACGCUGCGUGAGGCAAGAAGGAAGUUUAGCUGAGACUGGUUUUAAACGUUCUUAAAGCAUUAUGUACCAUCCUAAGUACUCGUAUUGAAUCCUAGCGAGAAAAAUGAAGUAGCCUAAUUUUAGAAGAAAGAUCACAGAAAUAACAGCAGGGCAAGUUUAGUUGAACGAGCCAACCAACAGGCGUCGAUCGGGAGAGCACUGUGUACCUAUUGUAUCUUAAUACAGAUAUGUUACAGAUUUGUAGCUUAACCAUA